AUUGGCAUUAGAAUCCCGCAAUGCCCUUUUAUACAAAAGGUGUCGCUAAAGUUUGGCUCUCCUAUUGCGCUCACUAGUGCAAACUCCAGCAACGAACGAAGCACGUUGCUGCCUCAAGAAUUCAAACACCUUUGGUCAAAACUCGAUGCGAUUUUUGAAAAUAAAAUAAAAGGAACAAUUAACAGUAGCAGGGCAGGCUCGACCAUUGUUGAUUUAAGUGAGCCAGGAAUAUUUUCAAUCGUCAGGGAAGGAAGUGCUUUGACUUCGACAGUCCAAACUUUACUCCAACACAAUCUAACAAGUCAAAAUGAAAUCCUUUUUCGAGAGAAAGUUUGCAAAGACAAGGGAAAAAGCAGAAAAAGAAUCAUUGACGAAUGAGCUCAAAUCGCGGAUGGAGGAUGUUAUAUUGAGCAAAAUAGACGGUGAUGGUGCUUAUGUUACUAAUGAUGAAGCUGGCCUCUCACUCUGUACGAUUCUAGAGGCGAUUUUUAUCCAUGGCAUCAAGGAGUCAAUAACGGACAGAGUGGUUACGAUCAUGGGUGACCCUGACGUGAUGCCCACUCCAGAAUUCUGGUCUCCAAUGCUGCUCUUCACACACAGAAACAUUAUUGAACAGGUGCAUCAAAUGAAACAAAUAAAUACCGAUGUAGGACGUUCUCGAGCUUGGUUAAGAGUUUCACUUAAUGAUGGAUCAUUACUCGCUUACAUGGAAUUGAUUUAUAAGCAGAAUAAAAGCUUGGCGCGUUACUACAAGAAAUCAGCAUAUUUAAGAGACUUAGACUCAAUUGGUUUGGCCACGAACAUUCUUCAAAGUCUAGUACAAUUCGCCUUUUCUUUCCCAGUCAAUUCAUCCAUUCUGAAUUAUUGGCCGAACGCACCUUUGUUGUUGGCAGGGCUGUGGACUCCUCCGAUGAAGUACUGUCCCGUGUCCACAGGCUUGGAUCUCGCCAAGAACCUACCAUUAUCAGGUGAAGUUGAGUCUAUUUCGGAGCUGAUACCUCAUGACAUUUCCGCAGUUGCAAAUUCUGAAUUGGACGAGGACGAGGCUUUGGAAAUACUGCUAAAUACCCCGAUUGAAGGCAGUCCGUUACUGACCCGCCUUGAAAAGGAACAGAAACAAUAUUUAGAUAGUGAGAGCAAUGAAAGCUGCGAUGAAGGAUCGUCUAAACCUACAGAAAAUUUCAUAAGCACGGAGGUGAAAGAUGAUGAUAAAAUACAGGUAGAAAUUAAACAAGAAGAGAACACAGUUGAACAAAUUGAGGAACCUUCUAAUGUCGUUGCUGAGACAGAUGAAAAUAAAAUAGAACCAGUAAAGGACAUCAGUACCGAGAGUUAUGAGAAAAUCCUUGAUAACUACAACCCACGAUCUAAUGCAAUAUACAAAGAAUCUAGCUUAAGAGAAUUUUUAGACAGUCAAGAACCAUCUUCUGCUGAGUCACUAGACGAAUCAAAUAAACAUGAAAUCAGUGAGAUGGGUUUUGAGGUGAUAGAUAAGUCGACAUUACCAUUAAAUAAAGAGGAUAUGAGAGUAUUUUUAAAAGUACUGACAGGAGGAGCGAUCAGCCAAGAGGCUGGUUUAGAUUCACAGCAGUUUACUUGCAAAAAAUGCGGUAUCCUGAUCGGACUUAGCCACAAGAAGCCAAAGGUGUGUGCUUUUACAUGUUUUUACUAUUGUGAAGAAUGCUUCAACGGGGUACAAAUGAAAAUUCCAGCCCGUAUUCUCCACAACUGGGAUUUCAAUAAGUACUUUGUUAGUGCGUCGUCGCAAACGUUUCUCAUGAAUGUAAUCAACCAUCCUUUGUUAGACAUAAGGAAAAUAAAUUCCAAAAUUUACCUUGCCGUUGAUCAGAUAAAUGAUAUCAGGAAACUAAGGGUGAAGCUUAAUCUUAUGAGACCAUACUUGUCGACGUGUCACGAUUCCACGACAAAUGUCAUUAAACAGUUGGUUUGGCCAAGAGAGUACCUUUACGAACACGUUCACCGGUAUUCUGUCUCAGAUCUAUUUGAUUUGGACACAGGCAAGCUAACUGCAGAUCUCAAAACAGCAGUUCACCUUUCAACCAGACACAUAAAAUCAUGCGAACUGUGCAACCAGAAAGGAUUCAUUUGUGAACUUUGUAACAACAAAGAUAAAUCGCCUGAUCUGAUUUUUCCAUUUGAUGAUAAUACUCACAGGUGUCAAGUUUGUUGCAAUGUUGUGCAUUUGGUUUGUUACCAAGAGCAUAAGGAGUGUCGCAAGUGUAAGCGUAGAAAGGACCAUAAGGCGAAGCUUGAAAGACUUAUUUCUGAGGAAAACAGCUGAUGCCCGAAUGUACUAUUAAUAUAAAUAAAAAACAAUCUAUUUAUAAAAAAGUGCCUAUGUAAUAAAUAAUAUAGAUUAAAUUUUUUUUAAAAUAUAAAUUCAUGUUAGUGUAUUUUUGUAAAAACUUUUGUAUUUAUGACAUUAUUGUGCUUAUCUGUUAAUUUACAUUCUAUUAUGAAUUGUUUUGUUCUUGUGUUAACGGAUUGAUUAAUAACAAAUAUUAAUAAGUUAAGAAGUGAUUUGUGCGAAGAAAAGUGAAAAUACUUCAUUUAUUAAUAAAAACAACCAGC